AUUAAUUUAAACAGUUACAAUAAAUCAUUGUUUAUUUGCGAAAGCAUAAUUGACUGAUUAAUUUUGAUGUUACUAGGUUGGUAAACGGGGCAGCUGCUACUGGCGAUCUCAUGCACCGGGAAAGUAUCCUGUAAUCAGUGUCGUAAAAAUUCAGCCGAAUGAUACCCGAUCAGUGCGAAAACGAACAAAAACAAACUCCGCUAGCAAGAAGCCAAUCUGACUUCGAGCACAGAGAACAGACGUUCAUCUUUUUUCUGGUGAAUGUGUAAAGAUUUGAAACGGUCAUUUCAAAUGUAGGUAGUUAUGUUUCAGGUAGGCGGCGCUAGUGUUCCAUAAUACUGACGUUUGACGUUUAUCAACUUCACAAACAAAACAGCGACAUAACCUGUAAACAGAAAGUAUUUUAAUUUUUGCAAAGCAGAUGUUGUAUAUCUGCUGCAUGCAGAUUAUCGUUGAAAACUAAGGAUUUUCCCAUUUUCAUCCUUGAUCAUUGAUUUUUUCAUAAAGAAAAUGGGUAGAAAAUGUGAGUUUUACUGGUGCGGCAACCAACAAGGAACCGGAGUAUCAUUUCAUCAGUUUCCAGUUGAUAGAGCAAUGUGCUUUGCCUGGGUGGAACGCUGUAAUUCAUUUGAAGCUACCGAAAAGUUUGCAUCCGAAGGACCGCAAGCAUUCAGAAAUAAACGACUAUGCUCGGAUCACUUUCCCUUGAAUGCAUUCAAGGAACCUACUAGGAAAGAGAAAGGGCUUAUUCCCAAUGCACUGCCUUUCAUGUGUCCCAAUACAUCAAGUAAAUACAACGAGGAAUAUCUUGAAGAAUCUCUUGCAUGUACCGCAACAGGUUCAUCUUUUCAGUACACGGAAGAAGAACCUGUAGAGUUCAUAGAAGACGACUUGGACUAUGCGGAGUGGGAGCGGCAUGCUAAAAUAUCCACUACUCUGAACAGUUGUUCUCAAUCAGAAGACAGUUAUCAGAUUGAAUGGCUCGACGAUUCAAUGAGUACAAGGGAACAUCAUCUUUCUAUAGCGAAAUCAGUUGAUGAUCCGACAACAGAUCAUAGCCCCCGGUGCAAUCGGUCACUCACGAUUGAGCCGUGGCUGAGCGAUUCGUCAAUAGUAAACGUUUUCAGUACCGAUAAUCCGGAAAUAAUACCAUCGACCAGCGCUCAUCAAAGGCAGCCCACACGUAAUGGUACUGCAGAACUUCAGAUAGAUAACUUGUCGGAUGACUUCAAAACUUCGAUGCACCAAACCCUCAGCACAGGUAACCUACAGGUUGACCAUGACUUCAGUACUCGCAUACCCCCAUUGAGUGACACACAAUAUCAUGCGAAUGAUCUGCAUUUCAAAGGAGCGCCAAAUUCGACAUACACAUUACGAACACAUUCGAACAAAAACGAUUCACCAAUUUUGUCGUCAAACCCACUCCAUAGCGGUAGCCGGCCGGAAGAAGAAAAUCAUGUCCAGUUGAACAAUUCAGCCGAUCCGGCAACUUCUGAUACUCGACUAAUAAGUUUAUUAGAUUUUUCUUCUGUAACUCACUCUGAAAGUUAUAAAACGCAGGUUAAGGUGCAAGGCGCUUUAAUAAAAUCCAUGAAAGAAAAGCUGAAACACGUUAAACGAAAACUAUUCGUUUCACAACAAGCAGGGCAACGACGUCUCAAAAGUGCUUUAAAAGCCAAAAAAGAAAAUAAAAUUCUUAAGAAGGAGCUAAAAUCUGCACGUAAGCAGAGAAGUGAGAAUGAAGUUUUAGGCGCACAAGCAAGAAAAAACCCAGUUAUUUUUGAUUUUCUAAAAAAUUCGACUCGUAAGCCAAAAGGAAGGAGAUAUAAUGCUAGCACGAUGAAAUUCGCAGCUGGUACAUAUUUAAGCGGGCCCCGGGCAUACAGGUAUGUCCGAAAUUCUAAACACAUCACACUUCCACAUAAAAGUUCAGUAUACAAGCACAACAAGCACGUGCGUAUACAGCCUGGAAUUAACUCAUCACUUCUCAGUGCCGUUAAAAGAAAAGUUCGAGAAAUAAAGCAUAAAAAGAAUAAAAUCGUAACAAUAACGUGCGAUGGCAUGUCCAUUAAAAAGGAUCUUGCAUACAGCGCAAAGGCCGAUAUUUUUCAUGGAUUCCCUGAUGAUGGAAUCAGAAGGCGUAUCGAGAAGAAUGAUCCUAGCGUUCUGGCUACAGAGGCAGUUGUUGUUAUGGCGUCAGGAAUGUAUAUGAACUUCAAGCAGGUAAGCUAAAUUGUUAUUUUUGUUUUUAAAUUUCAAAAACUAUUGCUUAUUGUAGCCAAUCGGAUAUUAUUUAGCCCACAACAGCCUUGGAAGCUUUGGCCUAUACAAGUUAUUAGAGGAGUCUGUCCGAGCUGUCGCUAAGUGUGGAUUGAAUCCACUAAUUAUAACCAUGGAUCAAUGUAGCACAAAUGUAAAAAUGGUUCACGAGCAUCAAUCAUCGGCAGAUCCCCCCAGAAUAACUAUAGAUGACCGGGAAAUACUAAUCAUGUAUGACACCCCACAUUUGCUGAAAAACACACGGAACUGCAUUUUCAAACACAAUGCUGUAUUUGAGAAGAAAAUCGCUUCCUAUAAACAUAUUCGAAAUCUGUAUGACGCGGACAUAUCCUCGACGUUGCGACUUGUUCCAAAACUCCAGAAAAAGUGUAUCGACCUCCCGCCAUUUGCAGCAAUGAAUGUUGCUUUAUCAGCCCGCACUCUCAGCGAAUCUUGUGCAGUCGGCAUGCGUCAUUAUGCUUCAACAGGUGAACUUUCAGAUAAAGCACUGGACACAGCAGACUUCAUCGAGAUGUUUGAUAAAUUGUUCGACGUAUUCAAUUCAAAAGAAAAAUUCUCGGCUUCAGUUGGGAAGGUAAAUAUAUUUCAGUUAACCCUUGUGUCAACCAUAUUUAGAUUUUUAAUUGAAUUCAUACAGCAGACUUUCACAUAACUAUCUCAAGUAACAUUAAGCAAUGUUCUCCACCAUAUGGAAGCGUCCAUUUAUUACGUAACGACAAAAAUGACAACUUCGACCAACCCCCCGACC